UCUUCUUCCUCCUCCUCCUCCUCGGCGGCUGCCAGCCAGCUGCCGGGCGCCUUCCUGGACGAGCUGCUUCACUGCGAGGUGACCCGCGUCCUCCUCCUCCUCUUGCUUCAACCUCCGCCGUCCAAGCUGUUGCCCGAACACGCCCAGACGCUGGAGAAGUAUUCCUGGGAAGCCCUGGACGCCUCGCCGGGCUAUGUGCCCUCGGAGCUCUUCUUGCUGCUCCAGUCGGCCGUCAUGGCCUGCCAGGAGAAGGACUUGGAGGCGCUCCAGGUGCUGCAGAAGGAGCUCUGGCCGCUGCUGACCGCCGAACAGAACCACCUCCUCCAUUUAGUAAUACAAGAGAUGAUCAGCCCUUCCGGCCAGGGCUUCUGACCGGGGACUCCUUUGCAGGCCUAAGCCUGGUUUUUCCAAGACUUGCAUCUGCGCCCCUUGGAUUCUUGAAUAGGUGGUGCUGACUUCAUCAGGAUGUUACAGAGUAAUAUCCUGAAAGAAAAUAAAGAGACAGCAGUAAUCAGAUUUAGCUUUUCCUAGCCCCUAAUUUGCUAUUUGCUUGAACAAUUAUACAUUUGUUCUGCAUCUGUGCAUGACAGCCCUAAUAUGGGGAUGUAUUUACUGCCACUCCUUAUACAAGUGAGUCAUAUGGGGCUUCUGUUGGUCCAGUUUCUUCUGCUUGUACUUGACAGGACUUGCUUCUUCCACACUCACAGGAGCAUUCUUGCAUCCAUUUGCAGUGUUGGCUCAAUAGUUAUCUGUAGCAAUAGAGCAGAUGGUUUCCUCAUUUCAGGGGUGAAGAUUGUGACCCCUAUAUGUUGGAUUGCAUUUUCUAUCAUCUCUCACCAUUGGUUCUACUGCCUACGGCAGAUGGGGCUUGCAGUUCGACACAUUCCCUCAUCUUGCCUUGUUUAGGCUGAGACUAUUACACAGGAAGAUUUAACCACCCUUUUUCCAAAUAUUAUGUUUUCUGUUGCAUUUCAUUCGUUACAGAAACUGCUUUGUUUUAAAGGCAGUAGACAUAACAAGAGCAAAAACACGUUGACAGUACUGUAAUGAUUGUGAGAAUUUUGAAACACAGAUACUUUGGUUUCCUAUUAAAAUAAAUCUGAAUAUAUUGUGCUAUG